UGAUUCUGUUGGACUAGAUAUAAGUUGGCUGAAAUUACGUGAUGUCACGAAUGAGGAGGUGAAGAAGAAACGAGGAAGGAAGAAAGAAUCGCAGGAAAACUACCAAAACCUCCUUAGGUCAGACCAUCUAUCGUUCAAUUAUAUUUUCAUUACGUAAUUGACAUGGUAACUCGAUUGCUAAAAGUUGGGUCCAUUGAAGGGAAACUAUAGUUUUUCUGAUUCUUAGUGGAGCAAUAUAUCUACACUGAUAGAGACAUAGGGAAGGGUUUUCGAAGGAGGUGGGAUGGGUUCGAAAAAGGCUGAAAGUACAUCAGCUCCAGUAAUUCGACGAGACCCAUAUGACGUGUUGUCCGUAUCGAGAGAUUCAACUGAUCAGGAGAUUAAAACUGCUUACAGGAAACUAGCUCUCAAAUAUCACCCAGACAAAAAUGCAAGCAACCCUGAAGCUUCUGAACUUUUCAAGGAGGUGGCAUAUUCCUACAGCAUUUUAUCUGACCCAGAAAAGAGAAGGCAGUACGAUAGUGCGGGGUUUGAGGCUCUUGAUGCUGAAAACAUGGAUAUGGAAAUUGAUUUAUCUAAUCUGGGUACUGUCAAUACAGUAUUUGCUGCACUCUUCAGCAAGCUUGGUGUCCCUAUCAAAACUACAAUUUCGGCUAAUGUUCUGGAAGAAGCUCUAAAUGGAACUGUCACAGUCAGACCCCUUCCUAUUGGAACAUCAGUUAGUGGAAAGGUGGACAAGCAAUGUGCCCACUUCUUUGGUGUAACAAUAAAUGAGCAACAAGCAGAGUCAGGGAUUGUUGUAAGAGUAACUUCAACUGCACAAAGCAAAUUUAAGUUACUUUAUUUUGAACAAGAUGCCAAUGGUGGCUACGGUUUGGCACUACAGGAAGAGAGUGAGAAGACUGGCAAGGUGACAUCUGCAGGGAUGUAUUUUCUACAUUUUCAAGUGUAUAGAAUGGAUUCAACCGUGAAUGCUUUAGCAAUAGCCAAGGAUCCUGAUGCUGCUUUCUUUAAAAGAUUGGAAGGUCUUCAACCUUGUGAGGUUUCAGAACUGAAAGCCGGCACCCAUAUCUUUGCUGUUUAUGGGGAUAAUUUUUUCAAAACGGCUACCUACACAAUAGAGGCACUUUGUGCAAAAACAUAUGAAGAUACCACAGAGAAACUCAAGGAGAUCGAGGCACAAAUUUUACGGAAGAGAAAUGAGUUGCGUCAAUUUGAGACAGAAUACAGGAAGGCCUUGGCACGCUUUCAAGAAGUAACCAACAAAUACAGCCAGGAAAAGCAAUCGGUGGAUGAGCUUCUAAAACAGCGGGAUAGCAUACAUGCCUCAUUUACUGUGACGAGGAUGGUCAGUAAUUUUAGUAAUGGAAGUACAAGCAAAGUUCUUAGUGAAGAUUCAAAAGCUGAGAGUCCAAAGGAAGAUGGAAGUGAUGGAAAAGAUAAAUCCACCAAAAAAAAAUGGUUCAACUUGAACCUUAAAGGGUCUGAUAAAAAGCUUGGUUGACAAAAAAAAAAGGUGUUUUAGGUGAUUUUGUACUACUUUGAGAGGUUUGAUUGCAUUAAAUUCUAGGGUCGCCGAUUUGUUGCAUAAGUUUGUUUUGUAUUAUUUAUUCUUUUUUUUUUUCCCUCAAAUUCCUCAUUAGGGUUUUUUUUCUCUCUCUCUCUCUCUCUUUUUUUUAUUUUGGGUUUUCCAAGGUGGUUUAUUAUGGCAUAUUACAAAAUGGUUCUAUAAGUUUCAGAGUUUGCAGGUAUGUGUGUGUAUAAUUUCAGUUCAUUUUUUGCAUAAACUGUGUCUUGUCCUUGUAGCUCAGUUAGCAACUUUGAAUAUAUAUGUAAUAUUUUUCUUUUUUAUUAAUACAUUCAUUAUAAGGAAUUCUUCGCCA